AUGGGCGGCGGGGCGCGGGAGCUGGGGGGGUACCUGUUGGCGCUGGGCGGGUGGGUGUCGGCGCUGGCGGCGGCCGUGCUGCCGCAGUGGAGGCAGAGCUCGUACGCCGGGGACGCCAUCAUCACGGCCGUGGGGCUCCACGAGGGGCUGUGGAUGAGCUGCGCUGCCCAGAGCACCGGGCAGGUCCAGUGCCGCCUGCACGACUCGCUGCUCUCCCUCGACGUUCACAUCCAGACCUCCCGGGCUCUAAUGGUGAUUUCUCUCCUCCUGGGCUUCUUCGGCAUAAUUGUCAGCGUGGUGGGCAUGAAAUGCACCAAAGUUGGAGAAGAGGACCCUGUUACCAAGAGCCGCAUCGCUGUUGCUGGUGGCAUCCUCUUCGUCCUCUCCGGUCUGUGCACCCUGGCCGCCGUGUCUUUGUACGCAACACAGGUGACCUACGAGUUCUUCAGAGAGAGCACUGUCCCCGUCAACGCCAGGUACGAGUUCGGCUCGGCUCUCUUCAUCGGCUGGGGGGCUGCCAGCCUCGCCGUGCUGGGGGGGUCCCUCCUGUGCUGCUCCUGCCCCACCAAGGAGCGGCGAGGGCAGCAGUACUACCAGCAGUCACAGCCUUCCACGGCCCGGGAACCCCCUGUAAAAAUGUCUUCUUCACCCAUCAGGGGAGAACAGUGCUUAUAGUCUUGUCUUCACCCAUCAGGUGCUUGGUUGGUGGAGCCCGACUUCUGGGGGUUCCACUCCAAAAAUGCACACC